UCUUGUUUCUUUAAUAUUAUCGAUAACACUACGCAGCAGCAAUAAACAUUGUUCAUAAUUGUUUAUAAGAAAUACAAUUUGGAAAGAUGAGUUCACAGCGGGGGAACGCGACUCGCACCCGAGCCCAAAAGCACAAAAAUCGCCAUGUGUUCAAGAAUGAUUUGCACGACAAGACGCCUCAACAGAUGCGGCUCAAUAAGAUGCACGUGUCGACUGUGUGCCAGCGGUGCAAGGAGGUCAUCGAGUGGAAGAUCAAGUACAAGAAAUACAAGCCCCUCACGCAAGCCAAGACGUGCGCACGCUGCCAGCAGCGCACCGUGCGCAAGGCCUACCAUGUCAUCUGUCGCGACUGCGCUCUCAAGGAUCACGUGUGCGCCAAGUGCCUGCGGAGCGCCGACCAGGUGGACAUUGAGGCAGCAGAGCCAACGCCGCAGGAGGAGCAAAAACUGCAGGUCGAAAUGGAUCGUCUGAUCAAAUCCUUCUCGGAGCGCAAGCGACGCGCUUUCCUCAGAUUCAUGGCCAAGGGGCGUAAACAGGAGACGGAAGAUCCUCACGAGCUGCGGGAGGAGGAGGAGGAAGAGGAACGGAAGGCGCGGGAGAAGGCGACGCGUGUCAGACACACGCGAGAACAGCUGCUUGAGAAAAUCAAGCAGCUGAAUCUCGCCGAAGAGGACGAUGAUUAUGAAGACGAUGACGAUGACGACGAUGAAGAUGGCGAUGAUUCAGGGGCUGAUUACGAUGAGGAAAGCAGCGAUGAAGAGCAACAAAAUGUUAAGACAAAAGAUUAAUUAAGAAAUUAAUCAGGAAUAGCAAAUUCAGAAAAUUGUACCACCUAGUAAAAUAAAAAUUUUUUUUUAAAUAUAUGAAAAUUUGCAAGGUCAA